AUGGACUCUACCACCACAGCACCUUCAAACAGUACUCAGCAAGACCCACCCAUUGGCUUUGACGUGAACGACAUUGAGCGAGGAGGUGAGGUGAGGGGACCCAAGAACGCACACCUCCACAAGCCAGAGGCUAAGGUGCCUUAUGACUACGUGUUCUUCGACUGGAAGGGCACCCUGGCCAAGAAGAGCGGAAUGAACACCAAGCAGAGAACAGACCUGAGAUUGCGGCGCUUCUACGACGCGCUCAAGGAGCUGCUGCAGCACAGGAACUCCAGCAGAGAGGUCGCCAUUCGCAUCACAGAUCGUGUAUUGGAUGAACGGGCCAACAACGCCGACGUCGCAAGGGAGUCGUCCGCCUAUCAACUGCCCACGUUCGAGGACCUGCAGCAGAUCUUCGACCGGUUGAUGCACCAGCACAAGGGCGAGGAUGGCAUGCGCACCUUCUCCUGGGGUGACUUCCUAUGCGCCCUGCUGCGGGAGCUGGGGCUCGGCGGACUCGAGCAGCCCGACAAGGUGGAGGUGACGGCCGACUCGGGCCUCUACGGCGGGGCGGAGGAGAUCAUUCGCUGGCUCCGCGAGGAGGCGGGGCUGCCCGUGGGCCUCAUCCGCAACUCCAAGCUCGACGAACAAGCCAUGCGCAAACGCAUCGCCAAAGCGGGGAUCGACCCAGGACACUUCGAAGCGGUUGUGAUGGGCGGAGAGGUUGGCUUUGUCAAACCCGACCCCGAGGUCUUCGUCACCGCAGCACGGACGGCCAACAUCGAACACAUCCACUCGCGCGACCCGAGGCGUAUCCUCUUCAUCGGCAAUGAGGUCGAUGCCGACGUCUACGGCGCCAAAGGUGUGGGCUGGACGUCGGUGUUGGUGACGCACACGGAGCCCACCUCCAACGGACUCGCCGACUACGAGAUCGGCCACCUUAUGCAGCUCAAGGACAUCGUCCUCCGCAGCCGCGACGACACCGAAGAGCGCGAGCAGUGA